AUGUCUGCUGGUAAUGAGAACGUUGCUCGUCUGAACCAAUUCAAAAACAAAGGGAAAGACGCAAACGAGCUGAGACGGAGGAGAAUCGAAGUAAACGUCGAACUUCGUAAAGCAAAGAAAGACGAUCAAAUUUUCAAAAGGAGGAACGUCAGCAGUCUUCCGGACGAGGCCACAUCUCCUCUCGCGGAGAAAAAUCAAAAUUCCCAGGGGUCUCAGCAAUGGACGGUGGAAGAAAUUGUCAAGGGCGUCAACAACUCCAACCUCGAAGCUCAAGUGCAAGCUACUCAAGCCGCAAGAAAGCUGCUGUCACGCGAGAGGCACCCACCUAUUGAUCGCAUCAUCAGCGCUGGACUGAUCCCCAAGUUUGUAGGCUUCCUUGGCUUGACGGACUCCCCUCCCAUUCAGUUUGAGGCAGCCUGGGCUCUGACUAAUAUAGCUUCUGGAACAUCUGACCAGACCAAAGCUGUGGUAGAUGGAGGUGCCAUCCCAGCGUUCAUUAGUCUGAUUAAGUCUCCGCACCCUCACAUCAGUGAACAAGCCAUCUGGGCCCUUGGAAACAUUGCAGGUGAUGGUUCUGCCUACAGAGACAUGGUUAUCAAGCAUGGUGCUGUUGCCCCCCUGCUGAGUCUGCUGGCUGUCCCUGACCUGACUGUGUUUUCUUCUAGUUACCUGAGAAACGUGACAUGGACUCUGUCGAACCUGUGUCGCAACAAGAACCCAGCACCCCCUCUCGCAGCAGUUCAGCAGAUUCUGCCCACCCUUGUUCGGUUGCUGUACCACGAUGAUAAAGAGGUACUUGCCGACACUUGUUGGGCCAUCUCUUAUCUGACCGACGGCCCGAAUGAGAGGAUUGAGGUAGUGGUGCAGACCGGGUUGGUGCCUCGUCUGGUUCAGCUUCUGGGAUCUGGAGAGCUGUCUAUCGUGACUCCUUCCCUGCGUUCUAUCGGUAACAUAGUGACCGGCACGGAUGAGCAGACCCAGGCGGUGUUGGAUGCAGGAGCUCUUAAAAUGUUCACUGGCCUACUGCGCCAUCCCAAGAGCAACAUCCAAAAAGAGGCCUCCUGGACCCUCUCCAACAUCACCGCUGGCCGAGACUCCCAGAUCCAAGAGGUCAUCAACGCUGGCCUGGUGCCCUACAUGGUGGAAGUCCUCCAGCGGGGUGACUACAAGACACAGAAAGAGGCAGUGUGGGCAGUAACCAACUAUACCAGUGGGGGCACUGUUGAGCAAGUGGUGUAUCUUGUUCAAUCCAAUGUGCUUGAGCCCCUGCUUAACCUGCUCUCCACCAAGGACAGCAAGACCAUUCUCGUUAUCUUAGAUGCCAUCAGCAAUAUCUUCUUGGCCGGAGACAAGAUUGGUGAGACUGAUAAACUUUGCCUCAUGAUUGAAGAGUGUGGAGGCCUGGACAGAAUUGAAGCAUUACAGUCCCAUGAAAAUGAAAUGGUUUACAAAGCUGCUCUCAACAUUAUCGAGAAAUACUUCUCUGGCGAGGAGGAGGAGGACCAGUGUGUGGCACCAGAAGUUACCACUGAUGGUUAUGCAUUCCAGAUCGGUGAAAACCAGGGCACGUUCAACUUUUGA